AUGGCCAUCAAGCACAACCAGCAGAUCCAGAAGAACCAUUUCCACAAGGACUGGCAACGCUACGUCCGCGUGCACUUCGACCAGCCUGGCAAGAAGUCCUCCAGACGCAAUGCUCGUGUUGCCAAGGCUGCGAAGGUAGCCCCCAGGCCCGUCGACAAGCUCAGGCCCGUCGUCCGCUGCCCUACCGUCAAGUACAACCGCCGUGUCCGUCCCGGCCGUGGUUUCUCUCUCGUUGAGCUGAAGGCUGCCGGUAUCCCCCGCAAGUUCGCCCGUACCAUCGGUAUCUCCGUCGACCCUCGCCGCCAGAACCUCUCCGAGGAGGGCCUCAAGGCCAACGUCGAGCGCCUCCAGGAGUACAGGAAGCGCCUCAUCCUCUUCCCCCGCCGCAACGGCAAGACCAAGCAGGGUGACGCCUCCGCCGAGGACGUCAAGGCCGCCAAGAGCGCUGACAACCUCGUCCAAUCCACCGCCGCUGCUCUGCCCAUCAAGAACGUCGCUCAGUUCGAGGAGGGCCCCAUCGGCAACUACGAGGCCACCGAGAACGCCUACAAGACCCUCCGUGCUGCCCGCUCUGAGGCCCGCCUUGUCGGUGUCCGGGAGAAGCGCGCCAAGGCCAAGGCUGAGGAGGCUGACUCCAAGAAGAAAUAA